AGAAUCAGAUUCUGCUGACAGACCACAGACAGUUCAGAAAGGUUUCCUGCUCUGGAUUUUUAGAAACUGUUCCUUUAAGCAGUUUUACUUGCUUUGGUUCAGUUUUAAUUUACAAACCAAACCAAUUAAUUUCAUAAGUAUUUUAAUCCAUCAGGCCAGUGCUGCAGCAAUGCAUCACUCAAUUUCCAUGAUGUUUUCACUGCUAGUCAUUACUGGGCUGCAGGUGAGCGUAGAGUCUGCAGGAAUACGUUUUGAGCGAAGCAUCAACAGACAUUACAGAUCGGAGCUGACUGUGAAGAAUGGAGGGGGAUGGGGGUCGUGGGGUCACAGGGAAAUGUGUCCAGCUGGAACGUACGCCGCAGGAUUCAGUCUAAGGGUGGAAGAUCCUGUUGGACCUAGAGAGGAUGACACUGCACUCAACGGGAUUCGCCUUCACUGUGUUUACACGCCAAGCUUGUAUCACCACUACUCCUCAGUUCAGUCAGAUGUAGGCAGCUGGGGUCGAUGGACAGAAAUCAGAUGGUGUCCUUCUGGAUUCUUGAAGGCUUUUCAGCUGAGAGUUGAACCUUCUCAAGGAAAUGAUGACGAUACGGCCGCAAACAACAUCAUCUUCCAAUGCAGUCAAGGGACUUUACACGGUGAUGGCACAAACUGGGGCAACUGGGGCACCUGGAGUCAAACAUGUGAAGGAAAAGGGAUUUGUGGUAUCAAGACACGGAUAGAAGUGCCUCAAGGACGAGGAGACGACACCUCUCUCAAUGACGUGAUCAUGUACUGCUGUGACUAAGGUGUUAGAGGAUGACGACAAGAAAAACAAGAAGAUCAGAUGGAUCAUAAUUGAUCAGCAUACUGUUAUGAGCUCACAUUAACCAUGUCAUACAACAGCCAGUCAUUAUCACAAAAUGAAGCCUGAGAUGUGAUCAGGACCUCAACACAGAACAGAGACCUACUGUACAUCAUCUCACUUAUUGUAUCAUCUUAUCAAUUCAUGCAUUUCAAAUCCAUGAACUCCAUACUCUACAUUAACUGUAAAGCGGCUCAUAAUUAUAUCCCAACAUCUAUUAAAAUAUAAAUUUAGCUUGAAUUGA